AUGCUCACCGAGCGGCUUGCGGCGGCAGAGGAAGAGAUCCUUGCUGGGCUUGAGGAAACCGUAGCUGGGUACGAGGACCGAGUGGAGCAGUCCGAGCGGAAGAUCCGCCGCCAGAGGAGGCUGAUCGAUGCCGUGAUGGAGCCCAUAGUCCGGCUGCACACAGCAGUGUGUCCUGCAGACGUCCAGCAACCAAUGGAUACUGAGGACAAGACUGAAGACUCUUCUGAGACUGAAGACAGUGAGGAUGAUUGGAGGGAGACCAAGGAACCUCAGACUGCUUUAAAUACUAGAAAUAACAAACAGCCUCUUAGUGAUAUGGGAUGUAAGACAGAAAAAAAAUCGUUAACAUGCUCUGAGUGUGGUAAAAUAUUUAACCAUAGGGGCCAUCUAAAUAUACAUAUGAGGCUUCAUACAGGAGAUAAACCGUUUAGUUGCUCUGAGUGUGGUAAAAUAUUUAACCAAAGGGGCAGUCUAAAUAGACAUAUGAGGAUUCAUACAGGAGAGAAAGCAUUUAGUUGCUCUGAGUGUGGUCAAAGAUUUAACCAUAGGUUCAACCUAAUUUCACAUAUGAGGAGUCAUACAGGAGAGAACCCGUUUAGAUGCUCUGAGUGUGGUGAAAGUUUUAACCAAAGGGGCAAUCUAAAUAGACAUUUGAGGAAUCAUACAGGAGAGAAACCGUUUAGUUGCACUGUGUGUGGUAAAACAUUUAGCCAUAGGUGCCGUCUAAAUAGACAUAUGACGAGCCAUACAGGAGAGAAACUGUUUAGUUGCGCCCAGUGUGAUAAAAGAUUUAGCCAAAGGAGCCAUCUAAAUACACAUAUGAGGAUUCAUACUGGAGAGAAACCGUUUAGUUGCUCUGAGUGUGGUAAAAUAUUUAGCCAUAGGUGCAAUCGAAAUACACAUAUGAGGAGUCAUACUGGAGAGAAACCGAUACAAGAGCGCGGCAGAGAAUCCCCUCACUCGCGGGCCGAGCUCAGAGACAUUUCCCCCGCCAUCUACGGACAAUCCGGACACGGGUGUCCCUUCCUGCAGACGGGCACAGACUUUGCCAAGGAGAACGAAAAGCAUCCUCUCCGUUUCGGCCCGGCGUCAUCUCACCGCCGCCUCCGCGGCUCCGUGAUCAUCGCUCCGAGGCCAGGAAACCAUCCACUUCCUCCUUCCGGGAUUCGCGCUACCACGGUCGUGCACGAAACCCCGCGAAGCAACACGAAGUAA